AUGAGUAACGUCCAUUUUGAUGAGGAACGGGUAGGAAUGUAUACUGAUCUGAUCGGAGGGAUCAUCGACCAGGGGGUGAUUCCCUUGGCGAUUGUAGAUUCUGGGAGGAAGGUUGAUUCGUUGGACAAGGAGUUCCGCAAUUACGUAGCGAUGCUGUUGUUGCGCGGGGGGGAGAGUGCCCCAUUGGAGGAGGCCCCUGUGGGGGAGGCUUCACUGGAGGAGGCCCCCCUCAAACGAAAGGACCGCGUGCGGAACGUUGCCAAAAAGUUGCUGCUUCUGAAAGAGGCAAUCGUGAAGCUAGCCAAGGAGCAUCAAGUAAAAAUAGACAGAAUCUACAUAGACGAAGAAACAGAAGACGUGAAGGUCAAACGGAACAGUUUUGAGGAAGGAACUGAAAGGAGGACAACUUCUCCUGAGAGAAAAAAACGAGACGAUGUGGAGUUCCUCCUCCCGAAUGAGAACAACACAUACCAAGUGCUACGAAACGAUUUUUUAGAAAUUUUGGGCUUCCCCAUCAAGCACACUGUCCCCACCAUCGGUUACGUCAUACGUGAGUUAAACGUAGAGAGUAAGUUCAACGCACCCUACAUAAACGAACUUAUAAAAAAAAACUACGACGAAUUGAAAAAAUGCGAAGAGUUAGAAUUUAUACCCUACAAAAUAUAUGAACAUGUCAUAAGAAAAAUGAACGAGGGGGAUGUUGUGGUCUUUCCUGACAAAACGGAGCUUAGCUUUGGGAAUGCCUACAAGGAGAUCUACAGGGGGAGGAAAAUCGUGAUUUGCCAGGACACCUAUGAUGCAUCUAGUAUGGAAGAAUAUGCUACCGAUGCGGAUGUGCUUAUACACGAGGCUACAAACAGCUUGAUUGACUUAACUGACCAGGGUGUCGGUCCUUUGGAUGGGUUCUGUGAGGAUCAUCAUGUAGGGCCGUCGCUUCGAAGUGCCGCCCUCCCGAGUUGCGGCUCUGUUGAGGUGGACCCUGCCUCGAAGCAGGUUGAUGCAGCGUUGAAGCAGGUUGAUGUAGCGUCGAAGCAGGUUGAUGUUGCGUUGAAGCAGGUUGAUGCUGCGCCUAACCAGGUUGAUACUGCGCCUAACCAGGUUGAUACUGCGCCUAACCAGGUUGAUACUGCGCCUAACCAGGUUGAUACUGCACCUAACCAGGUUGAUGCUGCGCAUAACCACGUUGGCACCGCGCAUAACCACGCGAAGAGCUCCUCCAAGCAGGUGCCCCCCCUCCUCGUGAGAAAGUACAACAAAGUCAUUGCCGAGCGGGGGCACUCCACGGCCAACAUGGCAGGAACCUUCGCCAAAAAAAUAAACGCCAAGAGACUCAUCCUGACGCACUUCUCGCAGAGGUAUAUUGGAGACAAUAAACUGAAGAACAUCGCUGUCAUGCGUAGAAUCGAGCGGGAGGCAGAGGAGUCAUUUGGAGGGAGAACCCAGGGGGAGAGUGAAGACGCGGCCGACUGCUCUAGCACCACUGAUAAAAGUUGCGAUGGGGAAAAGGAAGUGAUCGCUGCGUAUGAUGGGCUAAUCGUGUAUGUCCCUCCGCAGAGGGUGAAGUGA